AUGAGUAGAACAAUUACGCCUGUUCAAUCUCCGCCUCAAAGCAAUUCAUCACAUCUCGAACUGAUGCCUCAGCCACCCUCCGACGAACCUCUCGAGCCCACCUCCUAUCAUCCCCGUUUCGGCUGGGACUUUGAUGUCAACGACAGCAAGAUCCUCCGCGCGAAAUCUCGUGAGUUGUACGCGCUCCGCGAGGGUGUACGAGACCGGUCGCUGAACAUUCACUACGUCUUCACUGUCACGUUUCCUGCCGCAUUCCGGAAAUCUGACUCACCUGAGGCUCGGGAUCUCCCUCUUUUUGCAUGUGUUUCCGGGACGUAUAACAUCACGAUCACGUCGUUCAUCCAGAAUUUCAGCGAUCUGGAUAUCCCUGAGGCCAUAUAG